AAAGAGACAGAGGAGUAGAAAGAGACAGAGGAGUAGACAGAGACAGAGGAGUAGACAGAGACAGAGUAGGAGAAAGAGACAGAGGAGUGGAAAGAGACACAGGAGUAGAAAGAGACAGAGGAGUAGACAGAGACAGAGGAGGAGAAAGAGACAGAGGAGUAGAAAGAGACAGAGGAGUAGACAGAGACAGAGAAGUAGAAAGAGACAGAGGAGUAGACAGAGACAGAGGAGUAGAAAUAGACAGAGGAGUAGAAAGAGACAGAGGAGUAGACAGAGACAGAGGAGUAGAAAGAGACAGAGAGUAGAAAGAGACAGAGGAGUAGACAGAGACAGAGAGUAGAAAGAGACAGAGGAGUAGACAGAGACAGAGGAGUAGAAAGAGACAGAGGAGUAGACAGACAGAGGAGUAGAAAGAGACAGAGGAGUAGACAGAGACAGAGGAGUAGACAGAGACAGAGGAGUAGAAAGAGACAGGAGUAGAAAGAGACAGAGCAGGAACCAUAGAUGUCUGUGACAGAGCGAGCAGGAUCACCACGCACUGAGGAGGGGGACGACUUUAAUCAAACCACCUGAAUACCGGAAUGACUGAAAGAACACAACACUCCUACAACUGAGAAUACUACAGUUUACUUGAGCCAAGACCUCCAACUGUCCUCCACUUCCUCAUCACUCUCCUCCAGGAUGUUCAACUCCUCCCCCUCUGCGUUCUGUCCUCUCCUCCAGACCAUGCUGGACCACUCUCUAAACAACAACACGGGGGUCAACCUGGUGGUGGUGUGGGUCCACGGCCUGGUCUCCUGUCUGGGUAUCCUGGAGAACGCUCUGGUCCUCUGGGUGGUCGGCUUCCGCCUGCGCCGCCGGACCGUGGCCUCUGUCUGGGUUCUCAACCUGGCCCUGUCAGACUUCCUGGCUACGCUGACCCUCCCUCUCUUUACACACUACCUGCACUCCUCACACAGCUGGGAGCUGGGAGGUCUGCUGUGUACGGCCCAGUCCUCAGUCUUCUUCCUCAACAUGUUUGUGUCAGCCUUCCUCCUGGCGGCAAUUUCUCUGGACCGCUGUCUCCUGGUGGCGCGGCCCGUCUGGAGCCAGAACCACCGCUCCAUCAGCGCCGCCUGGAAGGUGUGUGCUUUGGGCUGGUUGUGGGCGGCGGCCAACACCUUCCCUUACUUCCUGUUCCGGGCGGUGACGGAGAAGACGGACGGAAGGAAGCUCUGCUACCACCAUUUUGGAUUGUACUCGUCGCCAGGGAUGCUGGAGAGGGACUGUAGGAUACGGCAGGCGGCGACCGCCGUGUCCAAGACGCUCCUGGCGUUCCUACUCCCCCUAGUGGUGAUUGCAGGGAGCUAUGCCCUCUUUGGCAUCAGUCUGAGCCAGAGGAGGAAGAGGAGGAGGAAUAACAGCAGUAGUAGACUCACCGGGGCUUUGAUUGUUACCAACGUGGAACGUAGAGAGUCAAAACCCAACACAAACACCAAAAGCUCCACCCCCAACCCAAAAUGCUCCACCCCUACCUCCACCUCCGUCAAAUUGUCUUCUAGACGGACCGAGCCCGGCUUAUCCCGGGGCUUCACCAAAAUGGUGACAUCAGUCAUCGCGACGUUUGCCCUCUGCUGGGCGCCUUAUCACGUGUUCUGCCUCAUUGAGGUUGCCGCCCAGUACUGGCCGACCAAGGUCGUGUUGGUGGAGGUGGGGUUGCCAAUAGCGACGACCUUUGCCUUCCUGAACCCGGUGUUAAACCCGGUGCUGUACGCGUUCAGCUGUCCCAACUUCUGCGUCCGGAUCAGACAGAGUCUGGGGGCGCUGAUGGAGGGACUGGUGGAGGAGGGAGGGAUGGGUGGAGUAGGAGAGGGGGGGCUGGGGUUGAGUAUCAGGAAGGGGUGGAGGAAGGGAAGGGGGAGCCUGGGAGGGAACUCAUUAUCAUCACCAAGCUGUCUGGGAACUCCAGGGUCUCCGCAUCUCCAGGUAGAUCAUCUGCCCUCCUCUGCCUCCAUCAACCACAACUUCAAAGCCAGUUGUGGAGACCUGGAGCAAAGAGAGGACCCUCUGAACUGACUAUAUACUGAGAAUGAGAAAAUGUUGUUGACAUCAACUGAGACAAUAAGAAUCACCUCUGUUGUUCUGCUGGCCUCCAGGAGUCCUUCCUGUGCUGUAUAUUACUACAUCCUGUCCUAUUGUUUAACUGUUCCUCAAUAACUGUCCGUGUUUAACUAGUUGUUUCUCUUUAACUUGAAUUCAAUUUUUUUGUGACCGUUUGUAGAAUAUUAAUAUGAUAACAAAAUGAUCUGCCACUUCACAAAGAGUUCAUUCUCUGACAUCGUUUUGGUGGAAAUUGUGUGUGUGUGUGUUCUUGA